UACUAUAAUCAAUAUUUCCUUUACUCACUAGUCUGAACGUUUCUUAUUCAGAAAGCAUCUACCUAUGCCCCCGACCAUAUAGCUUGAGCUAUUGAGUCCUCGAGGCUUUCAUAGAUUGCCUUAUUUUUGCUUCUUGCUACCUUAUGCGCCAUGUCUCUACCUGUUGCUUACCAAGAUGAGAUAGAAAUCCUUGAAAAUCAAGUCCGGCUGAAAAACCCACCCGAUAUCCUACAAUUUUGCUCCGACUAUUUUCUUCGUCGUCUCGCCGACGAACGUGCUACCUAUCUUAAAACUAGAGGCUCUUCACCAAUCUAUAGAACUAGCACCAUGUCGGGAACAACAUUCACGAGCCCUUUCGCGGCAAACUCUAACCCUUUCAAUAACGAUGGGGCUAAAUCCGAGUCUGGCAGAAGCACACCACCUGGUUUAUUAAACGUAGUUGAGGAAGACGAGAACGACACCAUCACUUCGCCCACAACGCCGUCAUUAAGGCCUAGUACAUUUGUGACCACCAUACCUAGCGCUUCUUUCCGCGGCCCCUUUGGUGGUUCCUUGGACGGGUCGCUAGAUGGUCCUCCAUCCGCGUUCAGAACGCCGCCAAAUCCUGAUAGUUACCCAGCCCAAUACAACUUUGGCCGUCGCACCUCGGUUUCCGCCGAAUCGUUGAAGCCAGUGGCGGAUGUUAAUGAUAACUGGACACCUCCAUCGUACCCUAAAACCGCCGAACAGCUAGAGAGGUUGAAGAAGGCCAUCGAAGGCAACUUCCUAUUUAGUCACUUGGAUGACGAGCAAAAUGCUCAGAUCUUAGGCGCUCUACAAGAAAAGCCAAUUCCGGCUAAGGAUAUCAAAGUUAUUACCCAAGGUGAUGCGGGUGACUACUUUUAUAUCGUCGAAAGGGGCUCUUUUGACGUAUACGUCAACGAUGCGGGCUCACUCCAACCCGGUCCUGAUGGUAUGGGCAACAGAGUAGGGACCAUACAGUCCGGGGGCUCUUUUGGUGAGCUGGCCUUGAUGUACAAUGCGCCGAGAGCCGCCACUGUUACUUCUGCUGAGUCUGGCUGCACAUUAUGGGCGCUUGAUCGCGUCACAUUCCGUCGGAUUCUCAUGGAGUCUACAUUUGCGCGUAGAAGAUUAUACGAAAGCUUCCUGGAGGAGGUGCCGCUCUUAUCUUCUCUCACGCCCUACGAAAGAUCGAAGAUCGCCGACGCGUUGGAGACGAAGAAGUUUCCCAAGGGCUACACUAUCAUCAAGCAAGGAGAUAUCGGUACCUCAUUCUUUCUCCUAGAGGACGGCGAGGCAGACGCCUUCAAGAACGGGGGAUCGGAGUCGGUGAAACAUUAUAAGAAAGGUGAUUUCUUCGGUGAGCUUGCGCUCUUGGACGAUAAGCCCCGUGCUGCGGACGUCAUCAGUGCCACUGAGGUGAAAGUUGCGACUCUGGGCAAAAACGCGUUCCAGAGACUACUUGGACCUGUCGAGGGUAUCAUGAGGAGAACCAAGUACGUAGGUGUUAAGUCAGGGGUUGAAGACGUUGACCCCUUACACGCGACAUUUUAAUUGACUACGUAUUUCCAAUGUAUAGGCAGUGAGGAUUAGACAUGACACUCUAGGAAAGGGGGGUAGUUUAGACGACGGAUGGCAGCAUUCAUUUUUGGAGGAGGCGUUCUCGGAAUUACCCUCGUUUUCCGUAUUAAAUAGGACUUGUGGUAGCUAUUGAUACCGCAGCAGAGGUAGUUUACCUAUCUGAACUUGUUCCAUACAGGA